CUGUGGAAGCCAGGUUUAAGAAGACAUUGGGCUUGUGGGGGGCUGUGACAGCUGUCAGGCCAUGACUAGGGCAGACCCUUGCCUCAGGACAGUGUGAUGAUGGACCCGACUCUCACAUCAGCAGCAGGCAUGAGCGGAGAUGUCAACUGCACGGGUCAUCUGCUAGCAUUGGGGAUUCCCUCCAUAACCUUCGCGUGGGGACUGUGGGCCCUCUUAGGGGCUGUGACGGUGCUGUUUCUUAUUUCACUGGCUGCACUCUUGUCCCAGUGGGCCACGCGUCGGAGCAGGAGCCAGGAGGGACAGGGACGCUCUGGAGAGUCCGUGGAAGAAAUCCCCCUGUAUGGGAACCUGCACUAUUUACAGACAGGACGACUGUCUCAAGAGCCAAGGCCAGAACAGCAGGACCCAUCCUCUGGAGGCCCGGCCAGGGUGAGUCAGCUGGCCGAAGAAAAGGGGAGGGAAGGAAAUGGGGACCGUUCCCGAGGGUCCAGAGAACAUCUAACAGCCUCGCCUCUCCAGGCUACAGAGGAAGGGAUGUGCUACACUAGCCUGCAGCUGCGACCUGCUCAGGGUCGGAUCCCCAGCUCUGGGACCCCCAUAAAGUACUGUGAGGUGGUGCUGGACUCUGAGCCAAAGGCCCAGGCCCCGGGCCCUGAGCCAGAACUCUAUGCCUCGGUGUGUGCCCAGACACGCCGAGCUCGGGCUUCCUUCCCAGAUCAGGCCUAUGCCAACAGUCAGCCUGCACCCAGCUGAGGAGGACCUGGGACGGUGGGCAUCCAGGGCUCAGCUGCUGGUCAGGGACUCCUGCUGUCCUGGCUAGUUAGUGCAUGCCUAGUUCCCGACUACCCCCAGGACACUGAGCCAUUGCUUAGUGACAGGUGAUGACCUAUCCCGAACUUCCUACGUUUCAAGGCACACAUCUCAGAGUAUGAAGGUUCCUGGCUUCCCGAGGAUGGAGUGCAAAGGCAGAUCCCCCCCCCCCCGCCCCUCCGCCCACAUUUAUCUUUUCUAUGUCCUCCUGUGAGCCCCCAAACCCCCUGCUUCACACUUUUCCCUCCUUCCGGAGUUUAACGGGGUGCCUCAUCUCCCCUUCUCAGCUUAUCAGAUGCCUCAUUGUCUGCUCAGACACAGGAAGUGGGCAGGGAGGAGGAGGUAAGAGCCAGAGAGGAUGUGGGUGGGUACCAUGCAUGGGAGCCCUGAACUGAAGGCUCCUGGAGUCUCGAGCUUGGUUCCUGACCUGAAAACCCUGGACAGAGAAUGACCUCCACUCUGCUGUCUGUGGCGUCCCCUGGCUUUCAAAAACUGUUUUUAUUUGAACCAGAGGCUGCAGGCCUGUGACAGACUCCCAAAGGGUGGGGGUGUGAGCUUUGACAUUGUGCAGAGCAUUUCUGGGCUUGCCUCGCUGGGGAAGGAUUGAAGAGGUAGAUGCUGAGGGUGAAGGAUUGGAGCCCAGCUACUCAGGUGCUAUGCCUGGUUCUAGAACAUUCACAAGACUUAUAUUCAGAGCCAUCCCAUUGCCACUGGGGUCUGAAAGCUCAUCAGCCCUGGACUAUGCUCUCCGUGACUUCUGUAACUGUGACCCCUACCUGCUGGCCUAGCUCCUUCAUCAGUUUCCACAUCCAUUCUCCCGCAUCCCCCCUGAGUGCCACCUAUACCCUUAUUAUGGCAUCAGCUGCCCUGUCUUUGUUCCGUCUGCCAAGUGCCUCUAUUGGUUUCCUUUUCACCCUGUCACCAUAGCAAUGGUCUACUCCACCGUCUCAGUCGUCACCUACAGUCCUGGCAACAAGCUCUGCUUGUCACUACUUGUGUUUAAAACCCCUAUCCAAUAUGCCCUGCCUGCCCACCCAUCCCCUGCUUUAUUCUUAACCUGCACCUCCUGCACUGUAUAGCAUGCCGUGGUAACAGGCAGCUUAGCAACAAGGAUAGAACUGGGGGCUUGGGGGCCAGACUGACGGAGUUCAAGUUCUACACCUUCCACUUAUCGCCUGUGUGGUCUUAAGCAAAUGGGCCUCCAUUUCUGAACCUGUAGGAUGGGGAAGAUAAUCUUGUCAUUUAUUAUUGUUAUUUUUGUGUGUAUGCAUAUCUUCAUGAGGGAGGGUGCAUAUGUGGGGUGUGUGUGUGUGUGUGUGUGUGUGCAUGUGCAUACAUGUGGAGGCCAGAGCUAACCCUGGACGUUACUAGUCAGGCACAGCCUAUCUUGUUAGAUUUAAAUUUUUAAAAACUCACAUUUGUGAUGAUUAUUAUUAGUGGUGGUGUUCGUGGGAGAGGGUGAUGAGGGGACAGUGUGUGCAGAAGUUGGUUCUCUCCUCUUCCUGUAUCGUCGUACCCAGGGAUUGAACUCAGAUCGUCAGCAAACGCCUUUACUCCUCCUCCCAAGCCUCGCUGCCCCAGACAUUUUGUCAGCCCCUUGCUGUGGAACAAUCUUUGUACACUGUAAAUAUGUGUUGCUCUCGUUGUUAAUAAAAAGCUGAAUGGCCGAUAGCUAGGCAGGAUUUUCGGGAUAGAGAGACUACUGGGAAGAAGGGUGGAGUCUCGUGAGUCUCAAGAGACACAGAGAGAAGCAAGAUGAAUGAGUGAUGUUAAAAGAAGAUACAGCCAUGUGGCAGAGGGUAGAUAAGAAAUAUAGGUUAAUUUAAAAUGUAAGAGUUAGCUAGUA